AUGACAACACUCCAACAACGGCACCAGGGACCGCACCACCCUUUAACUUUACCUAUCCCUAUCCCUGUACGAAUUACUAACCGAGACACAAUCACAUCACAGCGUAACCCAAUCGCUAAUGGACUUGUAAAUCCUGAGCAAUUGCGAAAAGUCAGACAUACCAAACAAAUACCAACAACAUUGACAUCAGCCAGAAUUCAUAAUCCUGCAAACUGUGUCCAAAUUACCCUCGCUACCGCGAUGGAAUCAACAGUUGCAUGUGCUCCAGAAAAUGUAUUCGUUCCAAGUGUUCUCCUUUCCAAUGUGAUGUCCUUAGCGCCGAAAACUGAUGAGAUUCAACAUUGCGUUGUGCACGCAAAUGAACGCUUAAAAUUUGAGUCUACGUUACCCUCCACCAAAAUACCAAACCUUUUAAUUUGUAAUCUCCGCUCCCUGACGUCCAAGGUCGACGAACUUGACGCUGUGGUGUCUUUUAACCAAACGGACAUGGUCUGCAUUACAGAGACUUGGUUAUCUCCUGCAAUUCCUGACAACUUGGUAUCCUUGUCCAAUUUCAAUCUGUUUAGGAACGAUAGACUGGUUUCAAACGGCGGAGGUGUUUGUGCCUACAUAAAUAGCAAUAUCUAUUGUAGACGAAUUGAGGAAUUUGAAAACUCUUCGAUUGAAUCACUGUGGUUAUCAGUGAGACCAAAGAAGCUACCCCGCUCUGUCUCGGUUAUCUUACUGGCUGUUGUUUACCAUUCAACAGCAUCCCGCCAAACUGAAAAUGUAGAAUUGUAUUCACACAUUCAAACCAAUGUGGACUCAUUUUUAUAUUCCCACCCUAAAGCUUUGGUCCUAAUUACGGGCGACUUCAAUUUUAGAAGCACGGGUCUCGAUGCAAACCAUCUUAAAAGAAUUGCUGGUCUGACGCAGAUAGUCAAGGUAGCUACCAGAGCUGAUGUAACUUUAGACUGGUGUUUAACCAACUCAAAGGUGGAUAAUAUUUACGAAUCAAUCCAACUUCCUCCCAUUGGAACCAGUGAUCAUUAUACGAUUCUUAUGAAAGCCCAACCUUCUCCCUCAAAGCCAGACAAUUCACAUAUAUGGAAACGCGAUCUCAGAGAUAGCAGGAUACGGCCUUUUGGUCUCAACUAUUUUCUGAUGAUGUUCGGAAUUGCGAAGAACUGGCCGAAAAUUUUAAUAACUUUCUUACUGCCCUUACAUCACAUUUUGACCCUCUAA